GCGAAUGUAUUGUGGGAAGCUGAACGAGCCCUUCGGCUGAGCCGCGGACAGACUGGGUUGGGCAAGCGCUCGGUCUGCUGCCACACUGCGACUCCAUUGAGGCUAUAGGCGCAGUUCUUCCGCUGAGAAGCGUGGUGCGUUGUAGUGGUGGUGGUGUGUUGACAUAAGGCUGGCAGGCGUGCUGGCAUGAGCAGUAGAACAGCUCCGCUUACUGGUGAAAUGUGGGUUCGCAGUCCCCAUGAGUAACUCACCUGAGAAACCAGGUGCUGGCAGUGAGAAGACAAAAGCUGUGCGCUGGGAGUCAUGGAGCGGGACUACCGGCCACUGGACUGUCUCCUGCAUACAGGCAGUGAGAAGCUGGGGCUCUUGAUUCUAAACCAGCCGCUCGAUGGACCAGAAAGGCUGCAGCUGCUUUGGAGCAAAUCUGUGAUUCGAGCGUGCGCGGAUGGAGGUGCGAACGCACUGUACAGGUGCAUGGGUAACUCCCGUGACAGGUUUAUCCCAGAUUUCAUCAGCGGAGAUUUUGACUCAAUCGAGAAAGCCGUCGAGGAGUACUACAAAGAAAAGGGCAGUGACUUCAUUAAGACUCCUGACCAAGACCACACGGACUUUACCAAGGCUCUGCAGCUUCUCCUGCAGCGAGCCCGUGACCUCAAUGCAAAGAUCGACAUGGUGGUGACUCUGGGUGGACUGAGCGGUCGUUUUGACCAGAUCUUGGCGAGCGUGGAUACCUUGUACCAUGCACGGCCCCUCACCAACCUGCCCGUCUAUGUCAUACACGGCUCCUCGCUCAUCUGCCUGCUCCGGGAGGGCAAAAGUACAAUCCGUGUGGACAAGGAUCUACAGGGGUCAUGGUGUGGCCUCAUUCCGGUGGGAGAACCAUGCCACCACGUCACCACCUCCGGCCUCAAGUGGAACCUGAGCGACGCUCAGCUGAAAUUUGGUACGCUUGUGAGCACGUCAAACAAGAUGGAUGAAAGUGGAGUGGUCACUGUUGAAACCGAUGCUCCCCUGGUGUGGACCAUGGAAGUGCCUGGGCUUAAGUAGCAUCUGUUUACCCUCGUCAUGAUCAUUAUAAGCCAUGGUCCAUCUACUGCUGGAUGAAGGCCUUCCAAAGCUGCUGCCAUCUCUUACGAUCCUGCGAUGUCAGUGUUUUGGGGAAAGAUAUUCAACCGUACUUUCGUUCAUCUUAUUUCAGUGAAAAAUAAUUGACUGUUGAUUUGUUCGUUUUAAAUGUUGUUUUAAAACAUUUGGAUACUUUUUAUCUUCAAUGAAAUGCAAAUAAGCUUAGAUACGGACGAAAUGUCACACAUUCUACCUAUGGAGUUGAUAUCAUAAAGGGCUGGGUUUCAUUCUAGAAGGUGCUGUGAAUGGUUAAACGUCUGAAGCUGCUGUGCCUUAAUUACAGUUGUUGCCAUGUGUGCACCUAAGCACACCCUCAAGCUUUAUUGAAUGAGUCCUUUUGGGAUAAGUAGCUGUUCAAAAUAAAUAACAAUGAAUAUGGUAUAUACAAUGCAUAUCGAUAAUGCAGUAUUACCAAUUACUAAUAUGAGCCAAGAAUGCCUGUGCGUAACGCGCGUUAUGUCACUCCACGUCGACCAGCCCCCCUCAUUAAUAAUCAUGGACAAGUGACGUCACUCCGCAUGAAGGUGGAGCGGAAACGAAAAUUUCUUUACGCAAAUUAGCUUUAAUUUUGGCCUUUCUUUAUGGAAAGUAAAGCGAAUAAAGAAAUCAACGUAGCAACUAAUAUAACGAGCCAAUCGAGGCUGUGUGUCCCACACGUGACGUCACUCCAGAUGCACCCCCCCCCUCAUUAGUAUUCACGUGUGCCUGGAUUCUUUGACUAACGCAGAAGGUCGAGCGGCUAUGAUAAUUUUUUUUACGCAAAUUCGCUUUUGAUUUUACGCAUCUUUAUAGAAAGUGAAGGCAAUAAAUAAUUCAACGCCG